AUGUCAGAAGAAUUAAUAGAGUUCAUUUCUGAGGGAUUAACAUUUGUCUUUAACAAUACCACCUUUUUAUCGGGAGAGCAGUGGUAUAAGCAGGAGACCGGAACCCCGAUGGGUACCCCGGUCUCCUGUACUUAUGCUAACUUAUUCCUAGGAGUAUUCGAAAAUUCAUAUGUCUACAGUACAAAAAAUCCUUUCUUAAAAUACAUUAAAACAUAUCACAGAUAUGUAGAUGAUAUCAUCGUCACUUGGACAGGGACAGAAACACUGUUUGAGCAGUUCGUAGAGUAUUUAAAUAAUAACUCUGUUAACAUGCACUUCACCAGCCAAUACGGUGGCAAAAAAUUUGAAUUUUUAGAUCUUAGACUUGUCAAUGACAAAGGAUCAAUAAUCACUGAAAAUUACAGAAAAGAUGUAGCUAGGAACACAUUGCAGCAUUAUCAUAGUUCGCACAGACCAACAGUGAAAAAUAAUAUCCCAUACGGACAGUUCAUCCGGCUCAAACGUAAUAACACUAAUGAGAUGACAUAUAUACAGCAAGCCAACGCGUUAGAAAAUAGAUUCAAAGAGCGAGCAUACCCAGAGAGUAUAAUCAAAAAAGGCAGAGAAAAAGCAGAAAAGGUAAAAAGGAAAGAUUUAUUAAAAAAUAAAGUACAACCAAAGGAAAAAGAGAUGGAAAGAAAAAAGUUUACUUUUGUGUUCCAAAACUCAACUAUGAACUCUGUGAUGGAGCAGGCAAUCAGAAGAAACUGGUUUCUAUUAGAAGCCGAUGAGGACCUAAAAGAAGUGGCACAGUCAAGACCUAGGAUUACAUAUAAAAAGAAUAUCACUAUAGGGGAGACUAUUAACAAAAACAAAAGAAAGAAAGCAGCCACGAAAAAAGAGACAUGGCUAGAUAACGUCAUACCUAAAGGAAAUUACAAAUGCAGGAAUUAUAUUCCUCCUGACAACCAAAUGUCACCGCAGGGAGUCGACCCGUCAGCAAUCCCUGAAGAGAAGACGGACAUCCCAGAAGCAACUACAGCACGAACUCAGUGUAAGCGUCCUGCGGGGGAGGGGAUCAAACCUGUAAGAGAGAAGGAGUUUUAUGAUAAGGAUGAAUAUCUAUACGUGACAUGUGACUCUGGAUAUCGUCUAUCGUCAUCACCGUCACCACGUAUCCAAUGUAUAAACCCCGGCAGAGAUAAUGAGUGGAGUUCUCCCCCACAGUGUAUCGCUCAGUGUAAGCGUCCUGCGGGGAAGGGGAUCAAACCUGGAGGAAACAAGUUUUAUAAUAAGGAUGAAUAUACAUACAUGACAUGUGAGACUGGAUAUCGUCUAUCACCAUCAUCAUCACCACCACCAUCCUCUAUGAGGAUCCUAUGUAUAAACCCCGGCACAGAUAAUGAGUGGAAUCCUCACUUACAGUGUAUUGCUCAGUGUAAGCGUCCUGCGGGGGAGGGGAUCAAACCUGGAGGAAAGGAGUUUUAUGAUAAGUAUGAAUCUCUAGACGUGACAUGUGACACUGGAUAUCGUCUAUCAUCAUCAUCAUCACCACGUAUCCAUUGUAUAAACCCCGACACAGAUAAUGAGUGGAGUCCUCCCCCACAGUGUAUCGAACAAUGUAAGAAACCAUCAAUAAGGAACCUGGAGAAAUUGUCACCAUACAAGGAAUAUUAUAACCGGGGUGAUAAGAUCACAUUACAGUGUAAUCCUGGAUAUUACCCCUCAUAUAACACAAUACAGUGUAAGAAUAAUGGAUCCCGGAGUGACUGGACACCAUCUGCUGUCUGUAUAGGAGUCAAAGUGACCAUCAUGGAGGUGACAUCUACCAGCAUCCAACUGAGUAUUGUGUGCACCCCGGAUCAGUGCAAGGACACCCAGAAAACUAUAAAGACCUGUAUUAAGCCUCAAGAUCCCAACAUAGAUUCCUGUAAAGGUGGAAAAGAUGUCACCUUCUCUGGUCUGAAGCCAUAUAAACAAUAUGAAAUCCUGAUCACACAUCGUCGGUCACAGCUCCCUCUACAGACAUUACAUAUCACAACUGGUGAAACAGUCCCCGCAGCUCCAGAAAUGGUGCAGAUGCCCAGCAUGGAGGACGGUACAAUAAUUUGGAAGAUAAAUGAUGACAGGGGAAAUAUCACCGGAUCUGAGCUGAACAUCGUGGGCAAGAGAGAUUACAAUUCUUCCUUCUCUCUAAAUCUAACUGAGUGGUCCCCCCCUAAUGUUACCCAAUACAAGAUCAGUCUACAGCACGGGACCAACUACACCUUCAGGGUCCGAGGAUUCACAUCUGCAGGAGGUGGAGAGUAUAAGGAUAUUACCAUGGAGACCCCAAUUGGAGAUCCUCCUGAGCCCAGGGUUGUGCGCAAGGAUUUAUCGUUUCAGCUCGUCCCGGUGUCUGAUGUCCAUGGACCAAUCAGGUCAGAGGUCAAAUCCAGAUUAAUAAGAUCAAAGGAUAGAAGGGGAGAGGCUGAGCUCAGGGACAGCUGUCAAUCAUUAUGA